UGCGGCGAAGCCUGACCGUUUGCGACCCGUCCUGCCGUCCUCCACCGCUCCGGGAAUAACUCACGCACCGUGACGCACGCACCGUUCCGUGCUCAAGAGCCAUGGCCGCCAAUGACCGUCGCGAGGCCGUUGCCUCAAGGUCACGCUCCUCCACACCGUCUCUUCCACCAGAGAUUUGGGCAAACGUCGUGCGGCACGUCUCUGACGACUGCUUCGCUUGGUUCGUCCUGCGCCGCGUCUGUCGCUUCCUCCGCCACAUCACAGAAGACGUCUUCAGCCGAUACGUGCUCCAUAAUCUCACCGUCCGCUUUGCUGGAGAACAUGCUAGGAGGAUUCUCUUCGACGUCUGGGACUGGAACGAGUACGGCGUUGACAAUGGUGGCGGCGACAUCGGCUACUGGCCCUGGGAACGCGUCUCUCCUCUCCAGGAGCAGUUCGCGACCUUCCCCUUCAAAUCUUUCACCUUCUCACCUGCCGACACCAAGGACAGGGUGAUCCUCACGCUGCGAGACCAGAGCAUUGACUACGAGGCCGGUACCAAUGACGACUACUUCGUGAGGGGAGACUGGACGCGAGAGUGUACUUAUACGCGGACCUUCUACCUCCGCCGUCAAUGUUGCACCUGUGACACCCGGAUCGAGACCACCGACGAAGUCGCUAGGUGCGAUUGCCUGGCCAGCCUCUUCUUCAACCCUUCUUCUGCAGACGACCUGAAGCGCCUCAUCAAUGAAUCCCACUUCGUGCUUCUGAACGACCAGCUGAGGAGUAUCCCAAUCCCCUCCAUUGCAGUCAACGAGCAAACCCGUGCCAUCUCCCUGGACUGGCGCCGACUCUGCCAGAGCUUCUACCUCAACGAGCUUCAGUGUCGGCGCGCCGCCGCACCAUGGCUUCGCUAUGUUUCGAUGGACGACGCAUCUGGUGAUGUGAGGGUGCACGAGGAUGAGGAUGGUUAUCAUCAUGCUUCCUUUGAGGGCUGGAGGACGCAGCCGUUUCUGGAGUUCCUAGGGCGAGAGGGUUGGCUCUUCUGGGACCAGGCGCCCACUGGGCCUUACCGUCGCUUGCGGACGCGCGACGGCCGAGUGACUGCGAUGGAUCCGGAUGUGCUACGCCGUACGGCCUGAUCGAUACCAUCUCACCUCUUUCCACCGGCUCAUCCUUCGAUCACUAAACGUCUCCGGUCAUCUCGAGUCGGAUCGUGAGCCUUUCCAGCAGCAACGAAGGUUUCUCUGGUUCCUAUGCUGUAUUCAAAUCCGGGGUUUCCAUGGCCGCCGGAGUGCUUUCGCAC